AUGGCUCGUAUCGAAAAUUAUGAGAUCCUUCACACAAUUGGUGAAGGCCAAUUCGGCAAAGUGAAACUGGCCCGGCAUGUUCUGACCAAGGGAAUGGUAGCCAUCAAGGUCAUUGAAAAGACACAUCAGAACUUCUCCGACCUCCAGGAACUGUUUCGAGAGGUUAACAGUAUGAGAAUGGUAAACCACCCAAAUAUCGUGAAACUCCUGGAGGUCAUCGAUACACCAGACUCUCUGUUCAUAGUGAUGGAGUACCUCAGUGGGGGAGACUUAUUCACCUACUUGGAGGUCCAAGGCUGCCUGACGGAGGGUGAGGCCCGAGGCGCAUUCCGCCAGCUGGUCUCGGCUCUCCAGCACUGCCACCAGCAGGGCGUGGUGCACCGGGACGUGAAGCUGAGCAACCUUCUCCUUGAUGCCAACAACAAUAUAAAGAUUUCGGAUUUCGGCCUUAGCAACCAGUGGCACCCAGGAGAGAAGCUAGACACUUUCUGCGGCAGCCCUGCGUUCACGGCCCCAGAACUCUUCCUGAGGCUGCCUUACACAGGCCCAGAGGUGGAUGUGUGGAGCCUCGGCGUCGUCCUGUAUACCAUGGUAACUGGAUCCCUCCCCUUCAGGGGACAAGAUUUCUGGGAGCUGCGGCAGUGCAUCCUCAGAGGGCAGUACCAUGUGCCCAAACACCUAUCAAGUGAAAUCACGAAUUUAAUACAGAGGAUGCUAACGCUCAACCCUUCCAAUAGAGGGACUUUAGAUGAUGUUUGGCAGCAUCCAUGGGUGAACAUGGGCCAGGAGGAGCCACUCCCGCCAGCCUGUGAAGAGUACCCUGGGGUGACAGCGGAGAUGGUACUGGGCUGGUGGAGGGACCAGAUCCAGGGCUGGCUUACAAGCAGUGGCAGUGACAGGGAUGAACCCAAGGUGGGGGCCCGCACCAUCAUUCCUGAGAAUAUGUCCACAGUCACUCCCCCUGGCCUCACCCAGAAAAAGAAGAGGGUGUCUGGGAGAAUCUUGAGAGGUAUAUUUAAACAUCUUUGCUGUGGGCUGCCCAGCAAGAGGGGUAAAAAUAAAGUGAGCCCAGAAACACCCAGUGGAUGA